CAUAUGUGGAGUAAGCUGAUCCUGACUCACCACUGGCCGAGCACAUUUUGCAGUGUAAGUUACUUUAAUAUAUAGUUUCAUGGCAUAAUAAACUCUACGUAUCAUGUGAUGAUUUGAUCAUGUGAUUGAUAAGGUGGCCCUAAAUUGCCAGAUUUUCAAAUCAAAUCAAAUCACAUGAUUUUCCACCUUGUAUGACAAAAUUAACAUUUCGAUUUGCAGAUGGAACACUGUCAUUCCAAAUUUGACUACUGGACUUUGCAUGGACUGUGGUAAGGAAGGACAUUCAACAAAUUCAGUAGGAAAGUGAGUUUUUUGACUGACCAGAUGACAUAAACUGUUUUGCAUUCUAUGUUUGUACACAUUUGACCAAUGUCUUUGUCUUACAGGCCAGAUAAAGGCCAGGAAUGCAAUUCAUCUUUGCACUUCAAUGAAACUCUAAUCCAGGUAUGUUCUGCUGGGGGAAAAACAUUUAAAAUACAAACAUUCAGAAAAAGCAUAGAGCUCAUUCGUGACAAAAAUAUAUAAUUUUGAUGGUAAAAGUAAACAUGUUAAUUUAUUAUUUUAAAUUAAGAUAAAUAUUUGAUAAUGACUAUGUUUUACAGGACCUACUUCCAGAAAUGCAGAAGUGGUGGCCGGAUCUUAAAAUUCCUGAAUCCUCUAGAUUCUGGUCUGUUCCAGUUUUCUAUUUUGUAUAAAUACUUUACUCCAGGUAAUUGUUAUAUUUUCAGGUAACAAUAUUUUUCUAAACAAAUGUUAGUGUUUGAUCUUCUAUUUACAGGAAAUAUGAAUGGCAAAAACAUGGAACAUGUGCUGCAAAAGCUGAGUCCCUAAACAGUCAACACAAAUACUUUGGUAAAGCCCUGGAGCUGUAUCACAAGUUAGACCUUGAUGGGUAAGUGUACUGAAUUAACAAUAAAGUACCCUCAUGAAACAUAUGGGAUAAUGUAUGGUUUCAAUACCCUGAACCCUAAUUUAUGUUUUCUACUAGUUAUUUAUACAUUCUUUGUAUGUUUUCAGGGUGAUGAAGAAAUGUAACAUUGUGCCCUCUGAGACUUACUACACAGUAAGUACAUUACCAAGGACAAUGUAAUUUUGCACUGAGUAAAUAGCUGCAUGUUUAAAGUUAAACUUCAAGCAUUUCUGCAUCAUAUCAAGCAACACACUAUACUGUGUUUUGGGAAACCUGACAAUUUUAAAUGUGUGAGCAUGUGAAGUCAGCAGUGACUAAUUUACUGCAAGUCAUUUGAUUUACUGUUCCUGUUUACUUAGCUACUGGCAGUAAAAUGACCCAGAUGUGUGCAUGUAUUCAAUACCAUGUUAUCAGCCGGUAUUGACCCAUUACCACCGAUAACCGAUAUUCAAUAAAUAGGAUGAAAAAAGGGAAUCUCAUGCUUAUCUGAAUAUUUGCAGCCAUUCCCCUCAAUGUUUCGUUAUUGUCACAAUGUAAGGAAUCAACAUUUGAAGCAAAUUUCUUGGACAAUUGGUCUUUGGGAUGGCAAUUUAUGAGAACUCAGUGUGGAGAAAUUACACUUUUUCAUUUCCCCUCUUUAAAACAGUAUAUCAGCAGAUACAGUGCCUUCAGAAAGGAUUCAUACCCCCGACUUAUUCCACAUUUUGUUGUUACAGCCUGAAUUAAAAAUGGAUUAAAUAUAUUUGUUUCUCACCCAUCUAUACACAAUACCCCAUAAUGACAAAGUGAAAACAUGUUUUUGGCGAAUGUAUUGAAAAUGAAAUACAGAAAUAUAACAUUUACAUAAGUAUUCACACCCCUGAGUCAAUACAAUUUUGAUGGGGGUGGGGGCCACAAAACAUCUGAACACAUGAGGGGUUGUAGUUGCUUGUGGGUCUGCGUACCCACAUGUGCAUAGCUGUUUUACAGCUAAUUUCCUGCAAUGUUACACAUUUUGUCAUGGGGUGGAGAUACGAUUUUGCAAUUUUAUAUCUAAUUUUAUGCAAUUCUACUAAUUUUGCCAUGGGGCUAAGAGGAAAAUGAGCUAUUAUCAGUUACAUAAAAUUAAAACUGCUGAUGCACAACCAAAUUUUGAAAUUGCACCUUGUGUAUUGCAACAGUAAGUUGAGACCCUAACUCUUUUUUAAAUGAUUUUUUAUCUGACUGCCGGCCCACGGGCCGCCAGUUGCUCAUCCCUGCUCUAAGAGCUUUCCACACUUGCCCAUUUAUUAUUUUCAAAAUUCUUCAAGCUCUGUCAAAUUGGUUGUUGAUCAUUGCUAGACAACCAUUUUAAGGUCUUGCUAUAUAUGUUCAAGUAUAUUUAAGUCAAAACUGUAACUGGGCCACUCAGGAACAUUCACUGUCAUCUUGGUAAGCAACUCCAGUAUAGAUUGGGCCUUGUGUUUUAAGUCAUUGUCCUGCUGAAAGGUGAAUUAAUCUCCCAGUGUCUGGUGGAAACAGACUGAACCAGGUUUUCCUCUAGGAUUUUGCCUGUGCUUCAUUUUUAUCCUGAAAAACUCCCCAGUCCUUAACGAUUACAAGCAUACCCACAACAUGAUGCCGCCACCACUAUGCUUGAAAAUAUGGAGUGUGGUACUCUGUAAUGUGUUGGAUUGGAUUUGCCCCAAACAUAACACUUUGCAUUCAAAUCAAAUCAAAUUUUAUUUUUCACAUGCGCCGAAUACAACAGUGUAGACCUUACCGUGAAAUGCUUACUUACAAGCCCUAACCAACAAUGCAGUUCAAGAAUUGGAGUUAAGAAAAUAUUUACUAAAUAAACUAAAGUAAAAAAUAAUAAUAAUAACAAAAACGAGGCUAUAUACAGUGGGGGAAAAAAGUAUUUAGUCAGCCACCAAUUGUGCAAGUUCUCCCACUUAAAAAGAUGAGAGAGGCCUGUCAUUUUCAUCAUAGGUACACGUCAACUAUGACAGACAAAAUGAGGAAAAAAAUUCCAGAAAAUCACAUUGUAGGAUUUUUUAUGAAUUCAUUUGCAAAUUAUGGUGGAAAAUAAGUAUUUGGUCAAUAACAAAAGUUUCUCAAUACUUUGUUAUAUACCCUUUGUUGGCAAUGACACAGGUCAAACAAGUCUUCACAAGGUUUUCACACACUGUUGCUGGUAUUUUGGCCCAUUCCUCCAUGCAGAUCUCCUCUAGAGCAGUGAUGUUUUGGGGCUGUCGCUGGGCAGCACGGACUUUCAACUCCCUCCAAAGAUUUUCUAUGGGGUUGAGAUCUGGAGACUGGCUAGGCCACUCCAGGACCUUGAAAUGCUUCUUACGAAGCCACUUCUUCGUUGCCCGGGCGGUGUGUUUGGGAUCAUUGUCAUGCUGAAAGACCCAGCCACAUUUCAUCUUCAAUGCCCUUGCUGAUGGAAGGAGGUUUUCACUCAAAAUCUCACGAUACAUGGCCCCAUUCAUUCUUUCCUUUACACGGAUCAGUCGUCCUGGUCCCUUUGCAGAAAAACAGCCCCAAAGCAUGAUGUUUCCACACCCAUGCUUCACAGUAGGUAUGGUGUUCUUUGGAUGCAACUCAGAAUUCUUUGUCCCCCAAACAGUUUUUACCAAAAAGUUAUAUUUUGGUUGUCUGACCAUAUGACAUUCUCCCAAUCCUCUUCUGGAUCAUCCAAAUGCACUCUAGCAAACUUCAGACGGGCCUGGACAUGUACUGGCUUAAGCAGGGGGACACGUCUUGCACUGCAGGAUUUGAGUCCCUGGCGGCGUAGUGUGUUACUGAUGGUAGGCUUUGUUACUUUGGUCCCAGCUCUCUGCAGGUCAUUCACUAGGUCCCCCCGUGUGGUUCUGGGAUUUUUGCUCACCGUUCUUGUGAUCAUUUUGACCCCACGGGGUGAGAUCUUGCGUGGAGCCCCAGAUCGAGGGAGAUUAUCAGUGGUCUUGUAUGUCUUCCAUUUCCUAAUAAUUUAUCCCACAGUUGAUUUAUUCAAACCAAGCUGCUUAUCUAUUGCAGAUUCAGUCUUCCCAGCCUGGUGCAGGUCUACAAUUGUGUUUCUGGUGUCCUUUGACAGCUCUUUGGUCUUGGCCAUAGUGGAGUUUGGAGUGUGACUGUUUGAGGUUGUGGACAGGUGUCUUUUAUACUGAUAACAAGUUCAAACAGGUGUCAUUAAUACAGGUAACGAGUGGAGGACAGAGGAGCCUCUUAAAGAAGAAGUUACAGGUCUGUGAGAGCCAGACAUCUUGCUUGUUUGUAGGUGACCAAAUACUUAUUUUCCACCAUAAUUUGCAAAUAAAUUCCUUAAAAAUUCUACAAUGUGAUUUUCUGGAAAUGUUUUUCUCAAUUUGUCUGUCAUAGUUGAUGUGUACCUAUGAUGAAAAUUACAGGCCUCUCUCAUCUUUUUAAGUGGGAGAACUUGCACAAUUGGUGGCUGACUAAAUACUUUUUUCCCCCACUGUACAGGGGGUGUAGGUACAGAGUCAAUGUGCGGGGGUACAGGUUAGUCUAGGUAAUUUGUACAUGUAGUUAUGGGUAUAGUGACUAUGCAUAGAUAAUAAACAGUGAGUAGCAGCAGUGUAAAAACAAAGGAGGGGGGGGGGGGGGGGGGGGGGGGGGGGGGGGGGAUCAAUGUAAAUAGUCCUGGUGGCCGAAGCGUAAAAGGCUAAAGGUGAGGCAGAGGUCCAAGUAGACUGCCCCCCCCCCCCCCCCCCCCCCCCCCUUUGGGAUGUCUCAUGGUCUGACAAACACCGCUCUAGCUCUGCCACCUUUCACUGCAGAUGCGGAAUGGCGACAUCGGCGGAUUGAGACACAGCCCAUGCAAAUAAAUAAAUAAUAAUCUCUAGUUUAAACUGACAGAUUCUGUUGGGGAUUUUUUACAUUAUUAGAAUUAGAUUUCCACAGGGGCGCGUCAUCAACUCUAGGGGGUUUUAAACUCUAACUGUUUUAAAGUCACCAUUGGCCUCAUGGUGAAAUCCCUGAGCGGUUUCCUUCCUCUCCGGCAACUGAGUUAGGAAGGACGCCUUGUAGUCAGUGGGUGUAUUGAUACACCAUCCAGUGUAAUUAAUAACUUCACCAUGCUCAAAGGGAUAUUCAUUGUCUGCUUUAUUUUAUUUUAUACCCAUCUACCAAUGGGUGCACUUCUUUGCGAGCCAUUGGAAAACCUCCCUGGUGUUUGUGGUUGAAUCUGUGUUUGAAAUUUACUGCUCGACUGAGGGACCUUAAAGAUAAUUGUAUGUGUGGGGUACAGAGAUGAGAUAGCCAUUCAAAAAUCAUGCUACACACUAUUAUUGCACACAGUGAGUCCAUGAAACUUAUUAUUUGACUUGUUAAGCACAUUUUUACUCCUGAACUUAAGGCUUGCCAUUACAAAGGGGUUGAAUACUUAUUGACUAAAUAUAUUUCAGCUUUUCAUUUUUAAUUAUUUAAAAAAUUAAAGGGGAAGAAAUGAAAAACAUAAUUCCACUUUGACAUUAUGGGGUAUUGUGUGUUCACCAGUGACACAAAAUCUCAAUUUAAUCACUUUUAAAUUCAGGCUGUAACACAACAAAAUGUGGAAAAAGUCAAGGGGUGUGAAUACUUUCUGGUAUUGGUUGUGUGCCCCCCAAAAACCCAUAUCGGUCAGGUGCUAAUAGCAUGUGAUGAGUACUCAUGGUAAAAUGGAUUACUUCUUUGUUUUUAGUUUGACCUCAUCGAACGAAACAUUUUCAACUUCUACAACGUGAAACCAAAGAUUCAGUGUAUUCAUCCAAAGGUAUGUUUUUUUAUAUUUUGUAUUUUGGUAAAAUGCUAACUCAAGCACAACUAGUUAUUGGAUUUGCCUACAGGUUUUAUUUGAAGAGUAGAGGAUAACACGAAUGACGUACCAUUUUGUAGUUGGAAUACAUUUCUCUAAUCAUUCUACAUGAAGAAUAGUUGUUACACACAACUAAAAGAAAAUCAUGAAUCCUAAAUCUAGAAUGUAUCAUUAAGUUAUUUCUUGUUUACAGGAAGGGAAUGUGCAAAUCUUGGGGCAGAUCGAGAUCUGCUUCAACUCAGACUUUCAACUGGAAGACUGUGAGCAUUCUGAGACAGACACAGUGAACCUCAAUGUUAAGGGUGCAGGGUUUAGUGUGUGUGACAACGCCACACCGGUCUACUACCCUUCCCUGAAGGGGAAAUCGUUAAUGUAG